UUGGAGCUAUUGGUCGCAAUUAGCGGAAGAUUUCGAAAUCUGUGCAUAACGGUAAACACCCAAUUGUCAAGUGUCCAGUGGGAGUUAAAGAAUUUUUGUGGAAGGCGAAGGAUGCUGAAAAUGUUUGAAUGAUUUAUAAAAGUCUAUCAUCGCCGGAGUUAUUAAAUACGAAGUGCCAAAUAUACUACAUACAUACAUAUGUACAUACAUAUUUAUAUGAUUAAUUGAAGCUUGACUUCCAUGCCAAAUGCAACACUGUCUUGCAAUAAAAAAAAUUGUGUGCCAAAACAACUCAGUGUGCGUUUUCAAGUCCGACGGUAUAACAAAGCUAGAGCAAAUGCAAAUGCAAAUGCAAAUGUGAAAGCAGAGAAAAUAAAUAUUUUAACCUGGCGUUAGUUUGAGUGAAGUGUUUUUGAAGCAAUUAGAAAAGUUGGGAAAGUGUUAAGUAUCUGACAAAUAAUUUGCAUUGCAUUCCAAAUGUCAAGUCAGCUUGAAAGCAAGAAAAGUGUUUGAGUGCAAAUAAAUGUGGAAUCGUAAGUGAAUAGCCUUGAAAAUCGAAGGUCUUUGAAAUUUGUGUAUCCAAAUAAAUAGAUGAACGCUUAUUCGCUUUCACAAGGACCUGGAUUACCUUGUAAAGCCACUACCGAAGGAUUAUCGCACACUUCAGAUCAGACGCGUGUACCACCAAGCAGCACUCGCAAUACGCCAUAGCAUCUUCUCACCGGAGUCCAAUACUUAAGACCGUUGCAUAGAGAACGGCGACUUUAUCGACAAACGCAGCGCCGUGUUUUAUAAACUGGCGAGAAAGUUUGCGCAGCACGUACAAAAGGACGGACGCACGCAUUCGCCGCAUACGCCACAACACCAUUGCCGAAAACGAAACGAGUGUAUAACGAACUUGGAAACUUUUCUAGAAUACUCAGUGCAUCAGUCGUUUUUUUUUUUUUUUUUUUUUUCAUUUUCGUUCGCCUGACUCAAAAAACAUUAACAAAAUAGAGGGUAAUAGAAAAAAAAGUAACGCCCUGCACUGCAGUUGUUGCGCUUGUUGUUAGUGGUGGUGCCAUUGUCGCGCGCAUUACAGCGUUGAAAACUUUAUCUCAACUGGCACAGCCAUCAUUGGGGUGGAGGAGUUGCGCAACGUACGCGCACCGCGCCAACGACCUUGCAACACUAAUGUGGCGCGCACUUUGUGUGGUUUUUUUUUGUAAUUUCCUUCUAACAGAAAUGGGGGCAACAAUGUACGCGGCACUUCAAGCAAGUUGUGUGAGUUCAUAAACUGUAGGCGAAACGAGUAGGGUGGAACUGCAAAAGAAUAAAUUAAGGCGAGAGCAGCUGGGCAACAAAAAGCAAGUUUAAGUGGUUUUUCAAAGCAAAAUGGCAAGGUGGUUAUUGGUAAACAGUAGUAUAUUAGCCGGUAUAUGGCUGUGUGCAACGUUGCUGUUGCAGGCAAGGCAUGGCGACACAGCGCCCACUCACCAUUUGACGGUCAGCGUUGAGGGCAAUACACCCACGCUGAUAGUAACGUCGGCGGAAAUUGGCAUCACGCCAAGAACACUGCACGCCAGCACGAGCACCACGGCGGCUGCAAAAGCCACGACUGCCAAGGUUGAGGCGGCUGCAAGCGCAAUCACAGAGCGCCGUAACAUUGAUGAGCUCGGCAGCAAAGGAAAUGUGCCGAAACUGAAAGGCAAAUCAUAUAAAUUACAUUAUGGAAAAAAAUGGCAACACGCGGCCAAGGAGAGGGAGAAAGGUAAGGUGAGGGUAUUGAAGACACAGGUCGCAUCCAUGAGUUCAACGGAAGCGCCUAUUGCAGGCUCCACAACAGUUUUGCCUAGUCGAUUGGUCGAAACUAUAACCACAAGCACCGAUAUACCUAUACUUACCACACACACUACAAACCCGACUACAGUUGAGAGUGAACAGCACUUUGAGCAAAGUACAGAAGUCGCGACUACAGUCACAGCAAAUAUCGCAAAGUCAAGCGAGGGCGCAUUGCCCUCAGAAAGCGUUAUCGUCACCAACGCGCCAUCGCUAGUUGGCAGCCAUCGCAACGCACUCAACGGCGACGACAACGACAACGACGACGAGGUAAGCACGCCGGGCGCCAUUGUGUCUGCGGCAACUGGCAACUUGCCACGAUCCACGGAGGCGGCAACAGCAGUCACCUUGGCACCUACGAAUGCUGCAGUCAGCAGGAUUACAGCGGGAAGCCCCAUUGAGAAGUCAGGUGCGGCUGCGGAGCUAAAAAGCUUCCGGGGUAGUGGCACGGAAGUAGACGACAAGAGAGCCGCAGAAGAACUGACUGCAACGACCGCAUUUAUGGAGUUACAUGACACCACAGCAGCGUCAACUACUAAAGAAAUAUCCAUACCGGCACCAAGAACAGCAGCACCAAAUACAACAGCAGCAACUACAUCAGCAUUGGCAGUUACGACAAAGCCAAUCUCGGCGACUACAGCAAAUGCGCCGAUGAUUGCAAUCCAAAUUGAAACGUUGCCAAAGGCGAUAACGGCAACGAUAAAAGCAACAGAACAAAUAACUACAGCAGCCGCAACAGCUACAAGCGCACUUCCUACCAACAACACCAAGCAUCAAACAGCAAAAACAAUGCCAACAACAACCAUCGAAUUUCCGAUAGCUGAUGAAGUUGCUGGUGUCAGUCAAAGUACUUCGACAGUACCAACAUCAUACAACGGUAAUUCUGUCACCGUCAGCGCAAUAAUGGAAAUGAGCUCCGUCAUCGUUGGCGAUAAUCUGCCUCAAACGCCCAUUCCACCAGCGCGCAACACAACCGCUGCAAUAAGGCUACCCAAGAUGAACGUCAGCACGGCGACAACCAGUGUGGACAUGCUGCAAGAGGCAACUACUUCAAUUUCAACUACGACUAAAAAACCUGAACACCCAUCUGUUGGUACAACAAAAAGUGUGCAGACAAUCCAAACAACAGCGGAGGUAAGCACGGACAGCGGCAUCAUUUUUAUUGACGAUGUGUCUGAUAACCGCGAAGCCAAGCGAAACGAGUCGGAGGGAGAGCUACAAAACGAUGAAGCCAAUAUUGGCAGACACGGCGACGUAAAGGAUACCAGCAGAGGCACAGACGCAAACAAUUCAGGUACGAGCGAUAGUGAUGGCAUCAUAAAACUUAUUGACUUGGAAAAACAUGAUUUAAAAUCGAUUUCGAAGGCGAAAAAAUUACGCAACGGCAGCAAGAGUGGCGAUGUUGACGCCGCGGACGAUGAUGAUGGCCAUGAUGGUGUCAAGAAAACAAGAAAGAAGCAACUAACCGAUAAACAUUACUUGCUCGUGCCUGAUCUCAGUGUGAGCGAGGAAUUUCAUGUUGAAAAUAUGACCGCCCCCGGGACAAUAAAAACAUCGCUUGUUGACACUGUGGAUGAUUUAAAGAGCGCAAACAAAGCCACCGAAAAUGGCAAUAACGGCGGAAGUGAUGUGUUGACGAAAACAAUGCCGAACAUUGGCGUGAAAAAUAUUUCCACUAGCAGCACACCAGCACCAACGUCUGCAUCCGCACCACACCAAAGAGCAAAUAUAGAAAACUCUACGGCAGCCACACCCACGCUAAGACCAGUACACAAUGGCUAUUUGGGUCCCAUUCUCAUGGAGGAGAUGCGGUUUACGGUUAAGCACGCAAACCUGAAACCACAACAACACCACGAGUCCACCAUAGAAUCACAACUGCGUGACGGCCGCAUUGUGGAGAUCCUUGCGCCCACCGCACUGGUGGAGCAAACCACUGCUGCGCCGGCGAUGACAUUGAAUAGAGCGGUGAAAAGCGAUCCAAUAAGCGCAACAACUUCAACGCCAGCGCCUGUUUCAACCACUUUUGUACACGUACCUUCGGAAAAGAGUACACCCAUGUUUUCUACGACUGUGUUCCAGGUUCCAGAGACAUUGAUCAGCACCACACGUCUGCCGUUGAGCACGAAAACCACGCACGGAGGUGAGGAAAAAACAUCAAAACUAUCGCAACAUAAGCAGAAGCAGCAACAGUCGCGAGCAUUUUCCAGCACUCCCAAGAGGUUGGGCGAUGAGCGAACGGAGUCAAAAAUAUCUGACAUUCAAGUGGAAGUCUACGAUUCCACAGUGGACUCCAUUGUAUCAUCCACAAAUUUCAAGGAUAGCGAUGGCUUUUACGCCCUACCACUGGAAGCUGAGGCGGAUGCACACGGCGGCACAACUAAGCCACCAGCUGCGCCGCAGGAACGCUUCACCCAAUAUGUAGUGGACAGGGCCGACUAUGCCACACAGGAGUCAAGUGUGGCCCCACAUUUAAGUGUGGCCUUCGGUAAGCCCGAACCAGCAGCAAUCGAGAUACAUAUUAACGUAUCUGAGGGCAUCGGCAAUGAGAGCGAAGAUUUAGAAUUUUCAUAUCGGCAGCCAGAUUACACAGGCAGCAGCUCAAGAACCAACCCCAUAGAUGAACUGAUGGCCAAAACCGCUAAAGCUAUUUCGAUGAAGCCACUUUCUUCGGGCAGCAAUGAUUCCGCUGCUCGAGAAAACGUUCAACGUGGCGAUGAGAUUUUAGUUGUAGAGAUAAUCGAUACCGGCGACAAUAGCACUGAGGGUGCGGUUAGUGCUGAAAAUGCCAAUCCGAUAUUUACAUUUCGCUCAGAUUCCGAUUCGGAUAUUGAGCUGAAGGAUAUCAAAUACUUUCCACCUGAGGUCAAAGUGAAACCGCCACAAAUGUCCGACGAACUCUUCUUGGCAGACCUAAAGCGAGAGAAUGCGCUGCCAAAACCACCUUUGCCCCCACCUCCUCCGCCGCGUAAGCCGACCAUAGAUCGCGACUCGGACACAAUUUUUUACAUUUCCAACACCGAAGUAAAGGUGGGCGAGUCUCUACCCACCGCAAAUACAGAUUAUGAGCAACAACAACAGCAGCAACAGUUGCGGAAAACCAGAUUGGAAAAUCAAUUCUUUCCGGCAAACUACUUAGCCAGCACACGUCCGAACGCUGCCAGCAUGGACGAACGGUUGUCGCUGUCACCGCAACAGCAUCACUAUGAAGAAGACAUAAUUCUUUCGCCACUACGCAACACCGCCGAUUCACUUAAGAUAUUUCGCAAUCAAGGCGAUGAGGCACCCCCUUUAGACGUUACCUACAUUGCCGAGUCGGUGGUGGAAGUGGAGCAGUCCUCAGGUGCUGGUCCCACAACCACAUUUUCAGCGGCUGCAGCGCCCUCACUGACGCCAGACGUCAUCAUACAGCCAGCCAUAUUGCCAGAAAUGUCGAUUGGUGUGCCAGUGAUAGGUGAGCUGCCGCCGCAAAUUGAACUCAAGGAAAUCGAUUUCAUGCCCGACGAAGCAAACCAGCCGCACUCAGGCAUGUACGAGAACAACAUGCUGGAGGAAAAUGGCAAUGGAAAUGGCAAUGACGUCGACAGACUCGUGGAGUCUUCCGUACAGUAUGGUGGCGAUCUGAUAGACGAGAGCGUCGGCGGUGGAGGAUUUGAUGGAGUCGAGGGUUCUUAUCCGUUCGGCAAUCCAGCAGCACUGCACAACAACAAAGCCCACCAUGCAGCCGACUAUGCGCACUUCACGGUGAACCAUGGCGUAAGUAAUCUGCGAAAGGAUGAGCUGAGCGCUGAUGUGGCGGGCUCCGGUGAGAUGCUGGCGGCAGGCCAAACAGCCGCAGCGAUGCUAAAUGCCAUGGAGAACGGUGAACUAAAGGAGUUACUAGCUCGCAGCGGCAACGAUACGUACCCUUUGUCGAUGCUUGCGAAUGCCAGUUACGCUGGAGCAUCCACUGAGCGUAUGAGCAAUGCCACCGCCUACUCGGUGUUGGAGGAACCGAAUGCAAUCGAGUUGGUAUUUAAAAAUCAUAAUACGCUGGUACUUGGAGUUUUCAUUGUACUGCUGCCGGUUGUACUGACUGUCUCACUGACUUGUGCCAUGUGGUACCUCUAUGGAAAGUUCUAUGGCUCACCAAAUAUUCGCGAUGCAAAUCAGGCCAAUGGGAGCGUUACAAAUGACAAGAAAAAUGGAGAUGGCGAAAAUUCCCAGGAAGAGGAUAUAUCGCGCGUCGCUCGUGAAACUACAAUGCAUUACAAUACCUCCGAGAAGGAUGGCGUAUUUGUUGUAGAAGUUGCGCGCGGCGUCGACUCCAAAAGCAUUCCAAACAGCCCAACCACCGAAGAACCACGUCCCAUCUAUGAAACACCACCACCAGCUGCAGCUGCGGCCGCGACCUCUUUUCGAUCAGACGAUGAAAAGAUUUUGAGAAAUCACGAUGAGAUACAAAUCCAUCAACCACCACCAGAAACUAUACACCAUCAACUACCGAGCUACGCAGAAGAAAUGCCCGAACGCAGUUUACAUCAAAUCGUCGAAUUAGAAGAACCCGCUAUUUCACCACAUUCGUUUAGAGAUGAGAAGAAAGUCAACCUCGUACGCAAUUCUAAUACCGGUCUUUCGCAGUCCGAUUUAAGUUCCACAUCUUCGGCUGGUUCAAACAAGCGAUACUCGUAUGGUAAUCAGGAGUUGUACACCAUAGAGACGACGUCAUAUGCCUCGCCAUCGACAUCCGCAAACUUGCCGCUUUUACCUUCGAAUUCACACAACGCCGCCGACGAUGAUGAUCGCCGAUCGGAGAAUGGACACAGUCUUGAGCAUUCACCUGCUGCUCAGGGCAAUAGUUCAACAGCCACAGCCAACGACAGCGCCGCUCACAAUGAGCUGUGCAAGCAUGAGCAAGGAAAUGAGCAGAUAAUAAAGGAGAAGGAUAUAAAUUCCUCUCAGCAGAGUGAGAGCGACCCUCAGCAAGGCAACCUUGUGACAGAAAUUAAAUUGUUCAAUGAAGAGGUGUCGACAAAGCAAGAAUGUGAGGGGGCUAUUAUAAAUGAAGUUAAUGAAACAGAAAAUGACCAGACAAAUGUUGUGACUGAGAAAGAGCCUCAAGAUGUAGAAACAAAAGACCCAGUAGAAACUAUACAAAAUGAAAUAGAAAGUGUUGUCACAGAUGUGCAGAUAAGCACAGAGAGUGUAGAGCGUAUUAACAACAACAAUUCACCAGAAUGUGUGGACAAGAAGCCAGAGUUGCCAGUCCCCAAUGGCACUGACGACAACAAGGAAUGUGUAGAAGAGUUGUCUGACCACAAUGAUGCUGUCGAUACCACUGUACUGCACAUCUCCAGCCUUACAGAACAGCAGAUAAUUUCUGAAGAUAAUCUCAUAAGUGGGGACAAUGAAAGUCCACCCAUGUUUCCACAAACUAUAGCUGGCAAUUAUGGCUACGAUAGCAUCAUUAGCCUACCAGAUCCACCAUCCACAGAGGAAAUAAAACAACUUGGUGACUUUGCUGGUAUUGAGAGCAGUCAAUUAGACUCGCUGCCACCUCCAUCACCUCCACCACCACCUAUUGUUACCGACUUAAAUGACAACAACACGAAUAGUAUGGAAGAGAAAACACCCACCACUAACGCAUCGACCACCGAAGAAGAGUCCACAACGACACAAUUAAAGUUGAAUGAGCUAUUACACAACAAUCUUGCAGAUUCGACUGCAACUAACCAACUCACAAAUGGAAAUGGAAAUGGUCAUGACGCCACAAAUGGAAAUAUAGCAGAGAAUGCCACAGCAGAAUUCGAUUUAAAUGGCUACGAAACGCACAAUGGACAUGCAGCUGCUGAGCAGUUGUUGGCAGAACAUUUAGAGCUCAGUCCAGUUGCAGCCCACAACGCCGAAGGUGGCGCGCCCACUGGUAAGGUGCCUCAAACUCCACUUACACCACCAGAAUCGCCACCGCUCUCCUCACCCGUGCACUACACCAACAGCGUGGGUGCCAUUAACGGAAUGAAUGGGGUCAACAGAGGCAUUUGCGGCGGUCCGAUGCCCGUUGCCGUGGACGUAAAUGGCAGUUAAUAUGAAUGCUGAGCAGCAGUUAUUUUAUGCAGGCCAUGAGCUGAGAGACUCUUCAGUUCAGCGAUAAUUGGCUUGCGCAAGUGAAAUGAAGGUGUAGAAAAUCUAACGGUUAUGUCGAAUUUCUCCAGCAAUGCAACGAAUGAACCAACCGCGAACCAUUGACGUUAGACUACAGUGGCGUCGGCGGCGGUGACGGCGGAAAGAUGUGGACGUGGAAAGUAGGUAUGCAAUAGAAUGAAGUAGAAUAUUUAGAAAGUAAAUGAAAAACGCGUAUUUGUAUAUUAGGGUGUAAGUUUUUACGAUACUUAGUCGAAAUCAGUGGUCUACUUUGUAAACGAUAAUAAUCCGAAAAAUUACAUGCAAGAAUCCGAAUGGAAGAAAAAGUCAAAUAAAAAAACAAAAACAGGCAAAAGUUGCACUUACAAAAGUGCAUAGCUACAAAGUGAAAGGGUCAAAGGAGAAAUAGCAGUACUACUUACAAAAGGGGAAAUACUUUGCAGUAUUAAGAAAUAUAAAUCUAGUGAGCGCAGGAUAUUGUUCUAAUUGUGCUAUAAAAUAUAGAAACAUUUUGCCGAGAAAAGGAUCUUAGUAGUCUCAUGUCCAGGGCAUUCAAUUUUGUAUUUGAAUAUUUUAUUUAAAAAGCGAGCAAUGGCAGCGAAAUAAAAGGUAUGCAAGUCAGAUUUUGUACAGAAGGAAUUUCACGGCGAUUUAGUUGAUCCAUUCAGACAGCUAGUCAUAUUGGUAACCAAUAAUUAUUCCGAUCUUUUUUUUAAUUAGUACUUGAUUUUGAGCACUUUUUCAUAAAAAAGCGUGGUAUUGAUGAAACACAACUCUUUUUCUAUUGACAAUUGCCGACAAUACCCGUCCUCAAAAACACAACACAACCUAAGUGGAAGAUCGAACUAACUUGGCAGCCAGUUAGAAAAAGCCCUAUCUGGGAAAACUUUUUAAGAACGCCCUACUUCCGAAUUUGGUUGAAGAAAAUGAAAAAUUUAUUGAAAAUGUUCUGAGA